AUGUCUGGAAACUUCUCAAAAGAUCAAUCUUUCUCUCAUACCUCGUCUGGAUCGUCGGUUACUUCAUCAUCACCAGUAACGGAUGACGCUGUUGAGAUGGUCAGAGAAAAGGGACUUCAAUUGAAUCUGACACAACGAACAUCGAGCAGCCACAAGUCUGUUAGCUCGUCCAAGGCUCCAUCGUUUUCACUCUCUCCAUCCGUUUCCACACCACCAUCCCCAUCAAUGAAAGAGACAAAUGAAACGAUCGGCAUGUCACUGAAACUGAAAAAUCGAAUUUCGAGCAGACGGUCCUCUAUCUCUCAAAUAUUCUCCAAUCAAUUGUCUGUCAACUCAUCAAUGUCGACUGAAAUGGAAGGCAGUUCUAGUCAGUUUGAUGUUGAAGAAAGAGAAAGAUCGCAUUAUUCGGAUGACUUUGAAUCGUCGAGCACCUCAGAAACAUAUGAUUCGCAAAAGAAACUGGAGAGAUCUAGAAGGCUUGGUCUAGAGUUUGAAAGUCAACUGAAAAACCUUUCAAAUCUUCUUCGCAUUAUUACCGAGGAAUUGCCAAGCUACUUGGAAACUAAAGGACGCAAGCUAUCCAAAAUCCUCGUGCCGCAAAAACAGGAUCACAUUUUGCUCCAAAUCAUCAAUAAGAUGAACAUGAUUAAAGGUUUUCAUGCGGCGUUCACAGACGGAUUUGAUGUGGUUGAUUUCUCAAGUAUUCAAGAAGCUCCACAAUUUGCUGCCGUUGUCAUCGAGAAUGCGGAUGUGUUGAAAAGUUUCAUUCCAUUCCUAAAAGAGAAGACAGAGUUGGUGGAAAAAAUGAAAUUGAGCAGAGCAAAUGACAAAGAGUUGGACUUGGCUCUCAGCAAGUUUGAAAAAACCAAUUUCAAGCAAGGAGGUCAUCUGAAUCUCCAGAACCAGUUGGAUCGAAUUCAUCAAACCAUCAUGAGAUAUGGUUUUCUCAUGGAUGAAUUUUCAAAAUGCUUUUCGGAUGGAUCACACAUGAAAGAAAAAGCAGAAGAAGCAGUGAACAAACUGAAAGAUGUCACAACGAUCAUCGAAGCUGAAAUGGCAACAGCGACUGAAAACGAGACAAGAAAGGUCCAUGAACGUUUGCAGGGUCGGUUCGACACUUUCAAAAAAGCUCGGAAACUUCUUCUUCAAGAAAGAGUGUGGAGCGACAACGGAAUGAAACGUCAAGAGCGUUACAUAAUUCUCUUCACGGACUGUUUGUUGGUCUGCCGGCUCACCAACUCAAAAGAUCCAGGCUCCACUAUCGAGAAGAAUUUCUAUGAAUUUGAUCUCAACACAAUCGAGAUCGAAAUUGAUCACUACCGAGAGUACGAAAAAACUCUAAAAGUAUCGACGACGGAGAGAGGAUUCUUCUUCCUCUUCGAGAAUGGGAAGCUGAAGACUGAUUGGAUCAAAGCGAUUUUGGAUAGCCAGGAGAAGAUAAAACAUCGAAUCGGAUACAACCAGAAGGUUGUGGAGGCUAAAAAGAAGUUCCUGAAGCCCGUCUGGAUUCUGGAGUCUGGCGAAUGUCUGAUGGAGCAAUGCUCGGAAAAGUUCAAGUCUGCGGAAGAACGAAAUCAUUGCAGACGAUGCGGCUUGAGCAUCUGUUCGCUGUGCACCGGUUUCGCUCCAGUCUCCCAGUAUCUGUUCGAGAGGAAAAUCGUGUGCCCAGACUGCUUCAAGGAAAUCUAUGACGAUUAUGUCACAGGAACUUUGUUCCCGGAGGAGCUGAAACAUAGCAGAAAAGGAAAACUUUAUGUGAAGAUCGGAAAAAAGGAGGAGGUGAAGGCUGCCGACAAACUUUUCAAAGAGCCCAUGAAACGUGAUUUGAAGAAAUUUGACUUGGAGGAAAGAAAAAAGGAAACCAAGGCGUUUGGUCUCGUUUAUUUGAGGUCUGGAGCGAUGGAAACAGAGGCCUUUGCAUGGCUCAAAAAUGAUGAUCGCCUCGUCUUUGUCAAACAAAAGCUGGAUUUCAAGCCCAUCUUCGAAAGAAAUAUUGGGAACCAUGAUGUCCGACGGUCAAAGGAAAGGGAUGGACUCGUUUUUGCGUUCUCGAAGAGAGGCAUGACGAAUGAUGAUUUCACUUUCCGAGUGGAAGAACCAUAUUCCAUCAAAAAAUGGAAUAUAGUUUUAACCGAUCAUUUCACAGAAACAAAGUGA